UACUGUGUUAGUGGUAUUGCGCUUUGGUGUUGUGCUUUUAAUUUUGCAUUAUAAUAUCUAAAUAGGUGACGAAUAUGCCAAAAUCUAUACCUGAGAGGUGGUUGGAAUAUAAACCUUAUGGCACAGUGAUCAGUGGUACAAAAAUUCUACCGUUUAAAGUACCACUGAAAGAGGCCGUGAGUAACAAUUUAGAGCCGGAGAAUCGAUUUACAACGACAGUACUGUUACAAGCGUUUCCGCAAGUCAAGUAUAUCAUCGAUUUGACAAACACAGAUCGCUACUACGAUGAGAAGGAAUUCACAAACUUUGGUGUCAAAUAUGAGAAAAUCAUGAUUCCUGGACGGGAAGUCCCUUCCACGGAGUCGGUGAUCAGAUACUACUAUUGA